UUCUUUUACUCCAAUAAAGGCACACUCGCACAUGGUGACGUUGAAGUGUCGAAGACAAACGUUGCUAGAGCGUUCUUCUUAACCUUAACCUUAAACCAAAAUGCUGUAGAGGCGCUAAAGAAGCUGCGAGUGAAAGGUCCAAUCAAACAUGAGCCUUAAUUGCGGUGUAACGCAAGCGUCUGGUGGAGACAGCCAGCCCAACUCUCCUACAGACAUGGUGUCCAGCAUGACUCAGAGUCAAAUGAAGAAUUUUCUGACCCUCAAAAACAAGAUUAUUCGAACAGAUGACCUCAUUAAACGUCAUAAAGAUGUGCUGAGUCAGCUAACGGAAACGCAGACUCGACUGGUUUCCACGGAGAAGGGAGCGAGGGGGCUCAAGGCUGAGCUCCACGUGCUACAUCAGGAGAAGAGAAAGCUGGUUGCGUCACUAACGAUGUUACGUGAGGAGGUGGCCAGCCUGGGAGAUAGUAAGAGAGAGGAAGAGCAGCUAGUUCAACAGCUCAAGGCGAAGCUCGAUAUUCUGGAGAGGAAGAACAAACAGUACGAGAAGAAAGCGGGAAAUGCUCAGGGACUCUUAGACGAGAAGGAGAAAUGGAAGAAUAUGUAUCAGAAACUGAAGAGGGAACAUAAAUCUUACAGAAGCCGUACCAACUCUCGCAAGAACAGUCCAAUGUGUCCCCUCGUUAGUCCACCAUACUUAUCGUCCUCCGAGGAACUGACUCCGCCCACUCCAUCACCCCCAAUCACUUUUACUGUCGAGGAAACCAAGAAAAAAACUGUUGUGCGUGAAGAAUUGUUUGUGAAUGAAUCUAGAUGCCUUGGUGUCGAAUACUCUCUUGAGGAUUAUAUGGUACCCAUUCAAAUGGAGCAUUCCCCAGAAGACGCUACAGAGGCAACAAAGAAGAAGUGUGCUAUACUGAAAAUGCCUGAGUUCUUACUACCGCCUGAAAAAAUGCCACAACCGGAAGUUAAUACAGAGAAAGCAAACGUCGAUUCUUUUAAUGGUGAUAUACAUGUAAAUUCCCCAGAAGACGCUACAGAGGCAACAAAGAACAAGUGUGCUAUACUGAACAUGCCUGAGUUCUUACUACCGCCUAAAAAAAUGUCGCAACCAGAAGUUAAUACAGAGAAAGCAAACGUCGAUUCUUUUGAUGAUGAUAUGGUACCAAAGCAUUCCCCAGAAGACGCUAUAGAGGCUACAAAGAACAAGUGUGCUCUGAACAUGCCUGAGUUCUUACUACCGCCUAAAAAAAUUUUGCAAUUGGAAGUUAAUACUGAAAAAGCAAACGUCAAUUCUUUUGUGCAAGAUGAACUUGUUUCAGCUAAGGAUAUCACGGACCAUGCUCCAAUACACGUCCAAGACGUGAUGGUCGCCAAGCGUCUUGAAGUCACUGAUCCAGAACAUUCGAUCACAUGUCCUCAUAUAUGCGAACGUCUAAGGAGUCCCACUGUAGCCCCUCCCCUUUCUCUGUCAAACCAGUUAUUUGGUGACAGUGACUCGGACAAUGCUCUGAGUGUGUCUGAUGACUCAAGCGACGAUGAACGCGAUGACCUGGCCGAAAUGUUGGAAUCUAAAACCACCACCCCCAAAGACAACGAUAUAACGAACAAACCUGCAAGCUCGAUAAACAAGAAAAAUUUUGCGAAUAUCACUACAGUAGGGUCAGCUGCUGAUGAUGAAGUAUCGACUUCACCAAUGGAGGAUUGCAAUAUUAGCAUUAGUGAGACUAAUGUCAAUUCCAUUAUUACUAGCGAGGUUAUAGUUGCAGAGGAGGAACAGAUGGCAACUGGGCACGUUAGCUCUAUGACUGAGGGAUCUAAUUUUAUCGUGCCGUGCGUGGAGGUGGAGUCUGUUGCCGCGGAUACACUCAGCAGCGAAGACGAAAUGGAUGUUAGUUUCAACGAAGGCUCUGUAUUUGUCCUCUCUCCCCUGCCACAAUCUCCUAUCGAUAUGGACGCCCACGACCGCUCACUGGACACGCCCAUUUCUCCACUCCCUAUAUCCCCUACGAAUGAACUCCCUCUCUCUCCCCUACCACAAUCUCCUGUCCAAUCACAUGACGACGAUGAGGACAUGACUCUCUCCCCUCUGCCACCGUCUCCUAUCCAAUCACACAACGACAAUGAGGACAUGACUCUUUCCCCUCUGCCACCGUCUCCAAUUAAUUUCCGCUUGCAUUCUGGCGUCAUUUCUCCAUUACCUAAUUCACCUGUCUCCGCUCCAGGGUCAAAGGUUAUUACUCCACUACCAGCUUCUCCUGUUUCCGUGCGGCGACUGACCAAUUUAGCACCUCUCAAUUUUGCUGACACUGCACCCUGUGGAGUACAAGCCCCCACACCUUGUAACGUUGUGGUCAUGGUAACUAGUCAGAGUGAGGAGUACAGAGAGACCACACCCACCAGAAGCGAGCUAGUACUAUCAGAUGGAAGCCCGUUCUCUCCACCUCCACUCUUUAUAGAUUCAACAAAGUAUUGUGAACUGGUCAGCUCUUACUGUGAAGAAACUCAGAACGCAGCGAAAGCCACGGUAACAGUAGAUACACUGGACUUGAGUGCCUCAGGAGAUGUUGAUAAUGGCGGAUACUCUAGCGACUCAGAUAAGGUUCCCUUUAUUGGACCUGUGCUGCCUCCAGCCCACCCUCUGAACAACAUACCCAUUGCCCCGCCCAUUGACACACCUUUUUCAAUAGACUCACAAAACUAUUCUACUCUAACUGUUCCUACGGCUACUUCGAUUCCACUAAAUGACAAAUACAAGUUGGACCACUCCACGAGAUCCUCCACGAGAUCAGCUACUAACAAUCAGAACUCCACAAACAAACAGCUGCCCGGUGGUAAUACGAAAAAAAAGAAGGGGAAAAUUAACCCAUUCCAAAAACCAGUGCCUAAAAACAACAGCAACAGCACGAGUUUUGAUGACCUACUCCAGUCCUUCCGGCAGACAUCACAGGUCACAAACCCUGCACCUCGUGUGGUUAGCAACACACAACAGACAUCACAGGUCAAGAACCCUACACCUCGUGUAGUUAGUAACAUGCGCCAGCCAUCACAGGUCACAAACCCUGCACCUCCUGCAGCUAGCAACACUCACCAGCACACUCUGAAACAAGAUCGAAGAAUCUCUGCCUCUGUUGAAGUGCCUCCCAGUAGUAAGAGACCUCGACUCACUUCCUCCACUUCCUCCACCUCCUCCACUGUCAGCAGCACUCCUCUACUCUGCUCACAGCUACCACGGGCCACACCUGUACAAGCGUUACCAGGAUACCAAGGGGAUUCCCCUACGGACACGGCUACUUCAAAGGGGACUUUCCCUCCUUGCUAUCGACUGAGAUCGAGAAAAGUGGACUUUUUCGAGACGGUGAAGCGAAGAAAAAAGUCGAGCAGCUGCAGCGAUGACAGCCUCUCCAAUGAGACACCUGUGCGCGAGGGUAAUAGUGACUCUAUCAGUGUGCCCCAGGGUAUCCAUGGCGACGCUAUCCUCUCCGAUGGUGAACUUAGCGAAAGUGAAGAGGAAAAAAGCAACCAAAAACCACCCCCUGUAUCCAUGAUAACCAGAAAGAGACGUCAUACGGACGGUGCUACUGGACAGGAGGAGGACCAGACACCCUCCAGCUCACCGCUGCAACUGCUAGCUCCUCCCACACUCCUACAAUCAGACCUCUCUCACGUCAACUGUGGGUACGGGAAGAAAGAAACUGAAGUGUCUCAAACUAAGGCUGCAACCCAGACUCAGAGUGUUGAUGAUAUAUUCAGUACCAAUCUUCCACUACUGGGGCAGUCAAAGUUGUCCCUGGCCACACCCACUGUCACGCCCAUUCAACAUAGUGGUCUGUCGAUAGUCCAGCAACAACUUCCUGUGUGGCUGAACUGUCCCCUCCCACUUCCUGACUGGUUGGUGGCGGCGAUGGUGGGCUUACCGGGGUUGAUGAACAAGAGUCAUGCCAAUGUGGUCAAUACUCCAAAUGUGGGAGGGAAGAAGAAGAAGAAGCGUACAUUUGUUGUUAAGGAUCCCAUACAGAGACAGAGCAGCCAAAAACCUUCUGCUUUCAUUCUGGCUAAUCUAGAGCGUCUGGUGUUGGGUCAGAUCUACCUGUCCGCCAUUAUCCCCAUGCUCUCUGAUCUCAAGCACAUCUCCUCAUCCUCCGUCCUCAUCAAAGCAAUCAUCGAGUUUCUCCUCCACCAUUACAUGCCGUCAGUCGACGUAGUGGUAAAGCUGUACCACGACCAGUGUGACUCAGUCCGUACCUCCCCCCACGAUUGUCAACCCCUCAACCCUUCAUUCCCACCCGCCCUCCUCAAGCCAGAGUGUCAGCUGUUAGCUCUCUUUGUUCACUUGCCACGUAUGAACAGCAAUAUGGCCACCUUCUUGUCUGAGCUGAGCACUGCAUUAUACCAGACCAUUGUGACUCCUGGAAUGAAAUUUCAUCAAUUGGCAGCUGCCGUUCGAUUGUUCACUGGAGUGUGUCGUCUCCAAGGUGACUCAGAGAGGGUGCUAUUCAUGUGCUUUGAUCUAGUGAGGAAGCCCCUCCUUGUUAACGAGCUACUCGUCAUCUCUGGAGUGGCAAGCGUUUGGCCACUGCCGUUAGCACGAUACUCAGGACUGAUAGUUCAAUCUGAUGGAAUACCCGAGGUGAAGGAGCUUGAGAAGCAGACCCUGUGUUUCACCCUGGAGACAGUCAUCAUGACCAUGGUUAAAGAGAAGGCCUCUAAACUCAACUCUUCACUCUCCCCUCACAUGCACACUCUGUGUGGGUGGGUCCACGUGAGUGACAACACUGUUAACCUCCUCACUGAGAAACUACUGCACAUGCUCAAUACUAGCUCUGCCGUGUACAUCGACCAACCUCCCCCGCCCCCAUCACCAUGGAGACGGCCUCGGCCAAGUGUUCAAGCAUUCCAUAUUGUUCACAGCCUCCGACUACUCUCAUACUCUCGAGGAUGGGUGUGGACUAACGACACUCUCAUUAGAGCUCAUCUUUGGCCGAUUCUUAAGAAGUGGAAUAGCAGCGAGGGGUCAGAGGUCAAGGACGCAGCUGCAGUGUGCGUUGUACGCCUCAUUGGCUUUGUGUCGUCUCAAGGUGUGACAGCUGACCCUCUCUCCUCGUCCAUAUUACAGCUGCAACGAGUUCUGAUUGCCCUACUCACAAAGUCCACUCCGGGAGGCUUCUCCGCUCUGCAGCUGGCUGCCGUAGACUCUUUGCUUGAACUUUGCCCCCCGGCUCACCCCCGAGCUGCCGAGGCAGUGGGUGUGGUCAGGGUGUGGCUGAAUGGUCUGUGUAAACAUGCAGUGAACAGUUUAGCGAAAGAGUUCAAUGAACGAUUAUUAGUCUAUCGUGUUGGCUCAUGAUUUUUUUUAUUUUUAUGAUUGUGCUUCCUUUUGUUUGAUUCUCUGUACCAUAAUUGUAUUUUGCUUUUCCUCUGA